GUCAACACUAUGUCAAAUAUGGUAUUGACUGCAGCAUGAUGUGUUUUGACCGGAAAUGUGCUUCUACAGAAUCAUGCGAUCCAGAGACUGGUGCAUGUGAUGGAGGAUGUCAAGACGGAUGGAAAUUAUCAGACUGCACACAAGACGUCAAUGAAUGUGCUGAACAAAAUCCCUGUAAUGUCAAUGCCAACUGCACUAAUACAUAUGGAUCAUACACUUGUACUUGCCGAAAUGGAUAUUAUGGAGAUGGAAAAACAUGUACAGCUUUUCCCCAGACAGCUGCUGCAGACACAGUUAACAUUGCUUGGCCAGUCACCACGGGUUUAUUGGUUGUGCUUCUGGCGAUUUUAGUUAUCAUCGUAGUUAAACUUGUUAUUAUUGUUAAAAAACUACGGAAUUCUGCAGAGUCCAAGGUAACAUUUUCCGAUAUAAAACAAAAUGAAAACCAAACUACAACAGCCGCUACAGUGUAUGAAGAUGUGAAGGAUGACAACACAGCCAUGAGUUCUGUAUCUGAACUUCCAAAAACUUCAUCUGCACAGAAACGACCAGUGCCUCCAAGAGAACAUAAUUACCAAAACGCACCACAAAUGACAAACAAUGACCAGCAAGAAACCAGUAUGUAUGAUAGACUGGAUAUGGACACCACGGGCGAGCGAUCUCCAUAUGAGAAGUUAGAUGUGUAAAAUAAGAUAUAUUUCUUGUUUGCUGCUAUUAUCUAUCCCAGACGUAUCUUAUGGAGUACUGGUACUCUGCGAUCAAAUGUGUAUUCAUGUGGCAGAGAAACGAUGGCUUUGAAAGGAUAAGUGUACAUAGUUAUAACAUUUACGUUGAUUAAUGCAUAAACAUUAUUCAUAUUAUAUUGUAUUAUUAUCAUACCAUGGUCACACUUCACCGUAACUAUAACAAUAUCAAAUGACAAACAAUGACCAACAAGAAACCGGCAUGUAUGACAUACUGGAUAUGGACGCCAUGGGCGAGCGGUCUCCAUAUGAGAAGUUAGAUGUGUAAAAACAGAUCUAUUUCUUGUUUGCUGCUAUUAUUUAUCCCAGACGUAUCUUUUGGGGUACUGGUACUCUGCGAUCAAAUGUGCAUUUAUUUGGCAGAUUAACGAUGGUUUCAAAAGGAUAAAUGUGCAUAGUUACAAAAUUAAUGUUGAUUAAUGCAUAAACAAUACUACACAUAUAACAUCAUAAAUUCAUAUUAUAUUGUCUUAUUAUCAUACCAAUGCCACACUUCACUGUGAUAUAACACUAUCAAAUUUAUUAAGAACAUUAAUAUAACGACAACUUAUAUUAUGAUUGUAAAUCUGUCAGGGCCAUAAUGAGCCUAAAAUAACCAUGAAAUGUUAACAAAACUAAUACUUAAAACAAUUUUUAAUAGUAUUUGACGUGCUUAUAUCCAAGAAAGGUUCAAUAACACUCUACUGGGGGCCUGGACUGUAAUAGUCCACAGAAAUAUUAAGCUGAACAUUGUAACAUGUUCCCCGCACAAAAAAAACACACGAAUUAAUUGAUUAUUUUCACCUGCUAAACACUGGAGAUUUUGGGACAGUUCGAAUUUCCGAGAUCAACACCGUCCUCUUUAAUCCUUCCAGAGCAGUCGUUAUGCUUAAAUUGAUGCAACAACCUGAAUUCAAAUGAACCUAGCGACCAUUUCUUGUAUUCUUUAUUAAUAUGUAUUGCCAUAGCCGUGUGUAAUUAAAUUAUAUUUUUGGAGAGUACAGGUCUAUCAGAUGUGAUCUGAUUCAAGGUUUUCAUUUCGACUUAUUUUCGUGCUUAUAUCCAAUUAAUGUUCAAGCACGCUGUUCUGGACACACACAUCAGCUAUCUGGGCUGUCUGUCCAGGACAGUGCGUUAGUGGUUAGUGAGAGAGAAGCAGGUGUAAUGACCUUACCCAUGUAGCCCUUAAGAACUCGCUCUGGAAUGGUGCCCGUACCGGGCUGCGAACCCUGAACCUACCAGCCUGUAGUCCGAUGGCCACCGAGGCCGGUGAUUCAAGGUAACAUGUUUUUGACAAUUGCUGGUGGAGAUAGAGAAUAAUACAUGAGUGGCCGUUAGAUACCAUUCAUCUUCCAACGAGUUAUUUUAAAAUGUAUCCAGUAUAACGAGUAAAAGCGAGUUGUGAGAUAAAUGGUAUCUGUCGGACACGAAUGCAUUAUUCUGUUUGUUCCAUGUCCUCAAAACCAAGUUUUAAGCACAUUUUAACAUAUUUUGCGACAAAACGAUAUUUGUACCCCUUGCACUUACGCGUCGCGGAUAAAUGAUUGUCAGGUUAAUCGAUUAGAAGCAGCCAGUCGUUUGUCUUAAAAUUGAUAACACACGUACAUGUGUAAACAAGUAUGUUUUAUAAAACAUAACGAAUGAUGUUCUCACCAACGGGCAUGUAAGAAAAAAUAUUAAUACUUAAAAUUUGUUUCCGUUUUCACAUAU